GCCAUCAUAACAACCAUUUCAGACACCUUCUCUUAUCCUUUCUUCGUUUCCUUUGCACUUUUUAAUAUUCAACUAAUCCAAUAAAUUAAGUUUUUUUAAUCCUAACUAUCAAGACCUUAAUCCCAAACCACCCAGAUAAAAAUCUAAUCCCUCCCCCUUUCUUCCCCAUCAAAUUACUUGUUUGGUGUGUGGAAGAGAAAGAGAGAGAGACCAACAACAAAGAUUGUUAGCUAGCCACCGCAAGGCGAGAGACAAGAGAGAACAUGUCUUGCUCAUCAUCGUCCGCAUCCGAUGAGGAUGAGGAGGGAAUCGAUUCUUACAGGAAAGGUGGUUAUCACGCUGUUCGAAUUGGUGAUCCUUUCAACAAAGGCCGUUACAUCGCCCAACGAAAGCUUGGCUGGGGCCAGUUUUCCACUGUCUGGCUUGCUUACGAUACUCAAUCAUCUAACUAUGUUGCUCUAAAGAUCCAGAAAAGUGCGACACAAUUUGCACAAGCGGCCCUGCACGAGAUUGAAGUUCUUUCAGCUAUAGUCAACGGUGAUCCCUCUAAUACCAAGUGUGUUGUCAGGUUGAUUGAUCACUUCAAGCAUUCUGGUCCAAAUGGGCAACAUCAAUGCAUGGUUCUUGAGUUUCUUGGUGAUAGCUUACUUAGGCUGAUCAAGCAUAACCGUUACAAGGGCCUUCACUUGAAUAAAGUUAGAGAAAUUUGCAAAUGUAUUCUUAUAGGUUUGGAUUACCUGCAUAGAGAACUUGGGUUAAUCCAUACUGACCUCAAACCUGAAAAUAUUCUUCUUUUCUCCACCAUUGACCCAGCAAAAGAUCCAGUUAAAUCUGGGUUAUCCCCGAUUCUUGAGAGACCUGAGGGUAACCUUAAUGGUGGGUCUACUAUGAAUAUCAUCGAGAAGAAGUUGAAAAGUAGGGCCAAAAGGGCAGUUGCCAAAAUAUCUGGGGGAAGAACUUCAAUGGGAGGUCCCACACAAAAGCCCGAGAGAAACUUGAAUGGGGUUGAUUUGAGGUGCAAGGUUGUAGAUUUUGGAAAUGCAUGCUGGAAUGCUAAGCCAUUUGCUGAAGAAAUCCAAACACGACAGUAUAGAGCUCCUGAAGUCAUUCUGAGGUCUGGCUAUUCAUAUUCUACUGAUAUGUGGUCAUUUGCUUGCACUGCUUUCGAGCUUGCAACUGGUGACAUGUUGUUUGCUCCGAAGGGAAGUCAGAGCUUUUGUGAGGAUGAGGAUCACCUUGCUCUGAUGAUGGAACUUCUUGGGAAGAUGCCUCGAAAGAUAGCAACUGGAGGAGCAAGAUCUAAGGACCUGUUUGACAGGCAUGGAGACCUAAAGAGGAUAAGGAGGCUAAAGUAUUGGCCUCUGAACCGAUUAUUGAUUGAUAGGUACAAAUUCUCUGACGAUGAAGCUCGCGAAUUUUCAGAUUUUCUAUGUCCUCUUCUUGAAUUUGCACCAGAAAAGCGACCGACUGCUCAACAGUGCCUCCAACAUUCAUGGAUCAACCGCACAGUAUCUACCAAUGUCAGCAUGGAAAAUAAAGGUGUUGCUAUGGAGAAGUUGGAAAAAGGGGUGAGUAGCCUCCAUAUGAAGGUGGGAAAGUAGAGAACGGAUGACGGAAGAGGUGCUUGCUUGCAUCAUUUUCAAGCCCUCCCUCCACUUGUAUAAAAUGGAUUUCUUUCUUUCUUUCUUUCUUUCUUUCUUUUGUAUGUUUUGUUAUAUUGAAGUACCAAAAUCAAUUUUCUUAUUUCAAGUUCUUGUUUGGUAUUUGUUAAUGACUGAUUGACUAAAACUGGAGUGGUAAUGGGUACUAUUUUGAGUGAGGAGAGAUGACAUGAAGCCAGGGGGUGGUUGUACUAAUCAGAAUAGGUUAACAUAUUAUUGUAUUGACUACAUGUUAAUGAUUUUUUCUAUUGAGAAAGUAUAAUCUCUUAUCUCUGUAAUGGAGUAUGGGGUUGUCUUAUAGACAACCUACAAGAGCAGCAAUUUGUAAUUUGCAGGUAGACGU